AGACCACUCACGUCAACACGGUGUAUCAGUUGUAACGAGAAAAUUCCCGUGGUUCCGUAUCUUCUCCUUGUUGGUUAUUAUUACAGCCAAGUCCCAGACACCACUCCCUGCAUGUGGAAGAACUAGGAGACUCUAGGAGGGUGUGUGAGGGUGCCGCCAUGUCGUUGUACGAUGACAUAGACACAGACAAGGCAUCAGGGGCCUCAGGGUGGGCGUCAGGCAUCAAGCUUAUGCACAACCAGCUGGCGUUCAAGAAGGCCACCAUUACAGCUCCCAAGAGAGACCAAACAAGGAGAGUGUCCACGGCCAAGUUGCCCCCAGUGAUUGACCUCAAGUCCCGCAGAGAGGAGGAAGACGCAGCCUCCCAGUCCCUCUUCUUCCAGGGCCAGAAGCCCCGGGGGUGGACUCACCAUGACGACUUUGACGGGACGCAGUCAGACUUGGAAUUUGCACGCAGCAGCAGCGGGGGAGGUGGGUCGCCCUACGUGGCCUCCAGUGACCCAGAGUGGAGGUUCAUCAAUGAGUAUGACCCGCUGUGGCCCAAUGACUAUGAGAAGGUGGUCAAAGACAUGAGGGAGAGGAGAGACAGAGAGGAGGAGGAGACGAGACUGAAGGAGAGAGAAGAGAGGGAUAAGAAGAGAAGAGACAGGAAUGUGGAGGAGUCUUCUGGAUUUGCCCGACUGAGAGAACCAGAGGAGGAGGAAGAGGAGGAGGAACGGCCAAGGAGAGGGGCCGGAGCAGCCAUCGCCCCCCCGCCUUCCCUGGGGGCGGAGGAGGGGGCAGUGCCAGGGGGGGCCAAGGGGGCGAACUUUAGUGGCAUGGGGGGCAGCACCGUGGCCGCCAAGAUUAUGGCAAAGUAUGGGUUUAAGGAGGGCCAGGGUCUGGGGAAGAGUGAGCAGGGCAUUGUGAGAGCCUUAGAGGUGGAGAAAACCAGCAAAAGGGGAGGCAGAAUUGUGCACGAGUCCGACGAGCCACCACCUCCCGCCCCAAUGAUGCCACCCCCCAUCGCGCCACCCCCCCGCCCCGCCCCACAGUCCGAGAAACCAGAGGCGAAAAUGGCUCACAUUCUGCGUAACCCCUCCAAGGUUGCUCUGCUCAGGAAUAUGGUGGGGCCAGGCGAGGUGGAUGACGAGCUGGAGCCGGAGGUGCGGGAGGAGUGCAACGGCAAGUAUGGGGCGGUGGUGCAGGUGGUCAUCUUCGAGAUCCCCAAGGCUGUGCCCGAGGAAGCCGUGCGGAUCUUCGUCGAGUUUCAGCGGGUCGAGUCAGCCAUCAAGGCCAUCAUUGACCUCAACGGGCGUUUCUUCGGAGGCCGGCAAGUCAAGGCUGGGUUUUACGACCAUGAGAACUUCAAGGCAUAUCGGCUGAACGAACGAUGUGACUAGGCCAUCCUCUGUUGCUGCUGCUGUUGCUUCGUCACUACCCUCACUACUGCCACCACUGCCUUCUGUCUUUGCUUCUGUUGCUUUCAUCACCACACCACCACCACCACCACCACCACCACUGCUGCCUUCUGUUGCCUUUACUACCAGCAAAUUGUGAUCUUUCCCUGCGAUUUCCUGUCCUUCACUUUGAACAGAACUUAAUUAGGGAAGCUGCAGGAAGGCUUCAGGAUUACAAAUGGUGUUAGUCCCUGUAUAAAACGUUCCUAUCUGUAUCCACCUCUCGUCUCUGUCCAUAUGUUGAUCUAGGCCUCUUUUGAAACUGCCUAAUAUUUUUACAAACCCAUCUGCUCACAAGUAAUUAUCUUCUAUUUAAUUUUUUCCCUACUCCAUCUUGUGUUACUUGGUUUCUUGCCAUCUGCUUUAUGUCCAGUUCUCAAUUAUUAUUUUUUUUUUCUCUCCUCUCUCUCUCGCUCUCUUGGCUCAUCCAGUUUGCCUAAGUUCAUGUCACCUCAAGUCUUCAUGUGCAGUAUUGUUCAUCAUCUUUCAGUCUGUCCUAUUAUUGAUCAUAUUCUGAAACGUGUCUGUGCUGAACCUCCACUACUUUCAAAAGGCUGUAGUUGAAGUGAAGUGGGUUUUUAAUAGUUUUUUUUUUUUUUUUAUUGUUCUAGUAGCAGAUUAGGAGAAAGUGGCUGAUCAUCUGUGUGGCCUUUGAAAACUGUCAUAAUGAGAGCAAAGUGUUUCAGAGUACAGGUCUUUGUUGGAGGAGUUAUAGGAGGCAGUCAUCUUCACCACUACUUUGUUACUGAGGUCUUUAGUAAUGUGAAAAUAGGACCUGUGAAAAAAAAGAAAAAAAUAUCUAUUCAUUUAUUUUCAGUCCAGUGUUGUUUCUGCUGUCUCCUAACUGAAGCAUAUAUUUUUUUUCCUCUUAUUUUUGGAGUAGACUCGAUUCUUCUUUCCUCUUCGUGUUAAAGGCAGAUGCAGCGGUGUUACCUGGUGUUCCUUGUAAUGGUGACGAGGGAAAGAAGCGCAACACAGGAGGUUCAAAGUAUUAGUGCGUUAGAAGAAAAAAAAAAAAAAAAGUGAAAGAGUGCGUUUUAUGCAUUCCUGGAAUAGUUUAGGGCGAGAUAAAAGUCAUUGGUGAAUUAUAACAUCCAUUUAUAUUGGGAAGUGUACAUCUGGUCUCCCGAGGGUGACACGUGAAGCUUCAUACAGGUGGCCUUUGUUGAUGUUUUGAGAGGAGUGCGCACAACAGAGGCAAGACAGAGGAGGAGGUCUGUACUAACCUCCUCAUUACUACUUUUGAUAAGAUACUGUAAAAUGAAUAAAAAAUAGAAUAAACAUGAUGUGGUACCAGUAUGCCAACUUGUUUA